CAGAUGAAAGGCCAAUGAUUGAUCCAUCUAAGAUGAUUGGUGAUAGGCGUGAGAUGACACAAAGCCACCGGAAGGAGAGGCAAGGCGGGCACAUCCCAAAGAGGGGAAGAGGUCAGAGGGGGGAAUGGUUCAGGGACUUCUCAGGAGGCUGUUCAGGCUAGACAGCCUGAAGAGUCGCAGGUGGUUGACCCGAGCCAGGAGGUGGAGUACCUGAAUUAUCAGGAUCACCAUGAUGUCACUGAUGGUGGGUACAACGAACAGUAUAUGCCAGAGCAGCAACAUAUACCAGACGAGGAUGACAUUGCAGUUGCGGCUGCCCCUGCGGUGUUACCUUUGGAGCCUCCUUUUCAUAGAGGACCGGAAAAUAUAUCUCUACUGCACUCUUAUGCCAACCAUGUGGCAUUGCCGCUUUGGUAUAAUUCAGAUAACGUUCGUAAGACGCGUGUUGUAAGACUGAUUAAUCAUGGGGCUAAGAUUUUGAGUCUCGGACGUCCAAACAACAAUAAUAGAUGGUUUUUGGAUGCACUUAGGGAGAGCGGGUUACAUGAUUUGGUUUAUCUGGGCUACGCCAUUGUGUCUCAUGCUUUGCUGAUGACUCUAUGUGAGAGGUGGCAUCCCGAGACCGGCACUUUUCACAUGCCAUUGGGGGAGAUGAUUGUGACUUUGGAUGAUGUCGCAUGUCUUAUGCAUGUUCAGAUUGAAGGGCGGAUGUUGAGCCAUCCAAAGAAGAUGUCGAAACAUGAGAGAGCGACACUUAUGGUGAGGCACUUGGGUGUGUCGGAGAGGGAGGCAGAGAAAAUUUAUGAUACAGAGUAUGAUGGGUACAUUAGUUAUCCAAAGUUGAAGGAAUUAUAUACGAGGCACUUUGGUAGGGCUAACAUUUUCGCGGAUACAAAGGAUCCAGAGGAAAUGGAGGAGUUGGAGAGGGUUAGGAACUUUUGUGUGAGAAGCAACAAACACAUCGAGUUGGUUUAUCUGACGACCAUGGAGGGUGGCUUAGCGGGGAUGCGUAAUUAUUCAUGGGGAGGGAUGGCACUGGCAUACCUAUACGGCGAGUUAGUUGAUGCUUGUUUGCCUGGAGACAGAGCUCUUGGGGGAAGCGUGACACUGCUCACUGCAUGA